AGGAGGAGAGGGAAUCACUCUUGGAGUACUGUGCUGUGCGGACAGUUUGUCAGCUGCGGCUGGUUACUGCCCUUCUCCAUGCGGCAGACAGCACAGCCACAAUGCAUUCGCUGCUGGAUUAGAGAAAGUCCACAGCCAGCCCCAAGGUCCAUAGGCGGCCUGUCAGUCGACAGUGCUAUAAAAACAAGUUCCUUAUUGCUUGGAUUCAACGGUCAGAAACAAAAAUGCAGUUGCCCCUGAAGUCAGAGACGAACAGACUUCUACACUGAUCUUUUAGAGAGCAGGGAAGGACGAAGUUUCCGGAUUUACUUUUCAACAGACACAAAAGACGCUGUGGUACAACUUCAUUUCAAAAUGAAGGCUUUUGUUCGGACCCUAGGUGUGCUGCUCUUUCUACUGGGCAUUGGUCAUUGCAAAGGAGGACAGUUCAAAAUAAAAAAAAUAACCCAAAGGAGAUAUCCCCGUGCCACAGAUGGUAGGGAGGAAGCAAAGAAAUGUUCCUAUACAUUCUUGGUACCUGAACAAAAAAUAACAGGGCCCAUCUGUGUCAACACCAAAGGUCAAGAUACAGGCACUAUUAAAGACAUGGUCACGAGGAUGGACCUUGAGAACCUCAAGGAUGUGCUCUCCAGGCAGAAACGCGAGAUCGACGUCCUGCAGUUGGUGGUGGAUGUAGACGGGAACAUUGUGAAUGAGGUGAAGCUGCUGAGAAAGGAAAGCCGCAACAUGAACUCUCGAGUCACUCAACUCUAUAUGCAACUACUGCACGAGAUUAUCCGUAAAAGAGACAACUCACUCGAGCUUUCUCAGCUGGAAAACAAAAUCCUCAACGUCACCACAGAAAUGCUGAAGAUGGCGACAAGGUACAGGGAACUAGAGGUGAAGUAUGCUUCCCUGACUGACCUUGUCAAUAACCAGUCUGUGACGAUCACGGUGUUGGAAGAACAGUGCUUGAGGAUAUUCUCCCGACAAGACACCCACGUGUCUCCCCCUCUUGUCCAGGUUGUGCCCCGACACAUUCCUAACAGCCCCCAGGACACGCCUGGUCUGCUGGGAGGCAAUGAGAUACAGAGGGAUCCAGGCUAUCCCAGAGACUUAAUGCCGCCACCGGACCUGGCAACAGCUCCCACCAAAAGCCCUUUCAAGAUUCCAGCAGUAACUUUCAUCAAUGAAGGGCCAUUCAAAGACUGUCAGCAAGCAAAGGAAGCUGGGCACUCAGCCAGUGGGAUUUACAUGAUCAGACCAGAGAACAGCAACGGACCGAUACAGUUAUGGUGUGAGAACAGUGUGGAUCCUGGGGGCUGGACUGUCAUUCAGAAAAGGACAGAUGGCUCCGUCAACUUCUUCAGAAACUGGGAAAACUAUAAGAAAGGGUUUGGAAACAUUGAUGGAGAGUAUUGGCUUGGACUGGACAAUAUCUAUAAGCUCAGUAAUCAAGACAAUUAUAAGCUGCUGAUUGAAUUAGAAGACUGGAGUGAUAAGAAGGUCUACGCAGAGUAUAGUAGUUUUCGUCUGGAACCCGAACGUGAAUCUUACAGACUGCGCUUGGGAACUUACCAGGGGAAUGCAGGGGAUUCUAUGAUGUGGCAUAAUGGUAAACAAUUCACCACACUGGACAGAGAUAAAGAUAUGUAUACAGGAAACUGUGCCCACUUUCAUAAAGGAGGCUGGUGGUACAAUGCCUGUGCACACUCAAACCUCAAUGGAGUAUGGUACAGAGGAGGCCAUUACAGAAGCAAGCAUCAAGAUGGAAUUUUCUGGGCUGAGUACAGAGGCGGGUCAUACUCCUUGAGGGCCGUUCAGAUGAUGAUCAAGCCUAUUGACUGAAGACAGAUAGUCUCCAAAUAAAUUACACAGAACUUCACUUUUCAGUUCCCCAAAUAUAAACAUUACAUGCUACUUGGCACAAUUUGUUUUUACAGGUACAGUUUGUAAAAUAAAUUGUACUGUGACUGUAAGAAUGUAUCUGUGAAUAUAGCUCCAUUUCCCUUUAAUAUGCUACAGAAGAUUAUUUGUAUGCAAAUCUGUUAUUUUAAAAAUUAUAUUGACCGAAUACAGGUAAAUGUAAAUAUCUGCCAUGAUGUAAAACAAAGCUUUAUUUUGAAUCAAAUCCAAAUACAUGAUCAAGAUACUUAAUGAUUUAUUUAAAAAAAUGUAACACUGCUCUAAUGUUCAAUGAAAAAAUAAUUUUAAGACUUCAGCCAUGCAGUUCAUUUUAUUUAUGAAAAUAUAGACAGGAAAUUAGAGAAAGAUCUCUAGUUUUGCCACUGAAAAUGUUUUUCCAUUGAAUAAAAAUUUAAAAUAAAAUUUUAAAUUGAA